UACAGAAAGAGAAUGCCUCUCAAUCUUACAACAUCCAUCUUCUUCUUCUUCUUCUGAUCAAAAUUCGAACUUCACAUCAAUCCCAAUGUCUCCCACAUUCCUCUUCUUCUUCUUCUUCUUCCUCUCGUCGUUUCUAAACUCCGUUCUCUCCGAUCCCCGCGCCACACAAGCCGCUCUCAUAUGCGCAAACACCACAGCCUCAACUUCCUCACAGCGAGCAACCUUCAUCGCCAACUACCUCGCCGCCAUGGACGCCGUCACGCCAUUAGUCUCCCGGAAGAGAUUCGCCGCCGUCGUCAACGGCACCGUCUACGCCUUCGGCGAGUGCAUGAAGGACCUCUCCCAGCGGGACUGCAACCUCUGCUUCGCUCAGUGCAAGAGCCAGAUCCUCCGCUGCUUCCCCUUCCAAAAAGCCACCCUCGCCGGCCGCCUCUUCUACGACGGCUGCUACCUCCGCUACGACGACCACGAUUUCUUCAACCAGAGCUCCAGCAUCGAGGAUCGAACCGUCUGUGGGCCCACCGAUUUCGCCGGGAAUUCUAGGGUUUUUCGGGAUAAUGUUGCGGAGCUGGUGAGGAAUUUGAGCGUUGAAGCGCCGAGGAGGGAUGGGUUCUUUGUGGGGUCGGUGACUCGGGGGAAUGUGAGCGUUCAUGGGUUGGCUCAGUGUUGGGAGUUCGUUACUGGGUCUGCUUGUGAAUACUGUUUGGCUGGUUCGGUUAAAAAGCUUGGUUCUUGCGUUCCCAAGGAAGAAGGGAGGCUUUUGAAUGCCGGGUGUUAUUUGAGGUAUUCGACGAAGAAGUUUUAUGACAAUUCCACCAGUGAUGAUUCUGGUCAAGGAAAUAGUGGAAAUCGUCCCUUAGCGAUAAUUUUGGCUGUAACAUCUGCUGGUUUUGCUCUUCUGCUGACUUUGGCCGCGGUUGCUUUCUUUUUAAGGAAAGGACUACUGAAAAAGAGGCGAGAGGAAAAGCGGCUAGGUGCUCUUUUGGACACUGUGAACAAGUCCAAACUCAAUUAUUCCUAUGAAGUUCUAGAGAAGGCCACCAAUUAUUUUCAUGAUUCCAACAAGCUCGGACAAGGAGGAUCCGGUUCGGUUUACAAAGGCGUUCUGCCAGAUGGGAAGACUGUUGCUAUUAAAAGGCUUUUCUUCAACACACGACAAUGGGUGGAUCAUUUCUUUACCGAAGUGAAUUUGAUCAGCGGCAUUUGUCACAAAAAUCUUGUGGAGCUGUUGGGAUGUAGCAUCACCGGCCCUGAAAGCCUUCUUGUUUAUGAAUAUGUGCCAAAUCAAAGCCUUCUUGACAACUUGUUUGGAGGUAAAAAGAAUGCUCCGCAACUGAGUUGGGAGUUAAGGUACAAAAUCAUAUUGGGCACAGCUGAGGGGUUGGCUUAUCUUCAUGAGGAAUCAAAUUUGAGAAUCAUUCACAGGGAUAUAAAACUCAGCAAUAUUCUUCUUGAUGAAGAUUACGCACCGAAAAUUGCUGACUUUGGACUUGCUAGAUUAUUUCCAGAAGACAAAACUCACAUCAGCACUGCCAUUGCAGGGACAUUAGGUUACAUGGCUCCAGAGUAUAUUGUUCGCGGGAAGCUGUCUGAGAAGGCAGACAUUUACAGUUUUGGAGUUCUUGUCAUUGAAAUUAUUUGCGGGAGAAAAAACAAUUCCUUUACUCAAACUUCAUACUCUGUCCUACAGAUGGUUUGGAACCUUUACGGAACUGGUAAGCUAAGUGACGCAGUUGAUCCGGGCCUAGAAGGUAACUUCAACAGUGAAGAGGCUUCUCGGCUACUCCAAAUUGGGCUAGUUUGCGUACAGGCCUCUGCAGAACUGCGGCCAUCUAUGUCAAGCGUCGUGAAGAUGCUUACUGAAAGUCAUGAAAUUCCUCAGCCAACACAACCACCGUUUAUAAAUUCUGCUAGUACAGAAAUAGGCCGGGGUGUUCUUAGUAGAUCCAAAGAAUACAAAUCUCAGCCGGACUCUAACACUCAGUCUUCAGGGAAUAACACGACAGAAAGCUGGAUUGGUCCCAGAUGAACACUUUUCUCCUUAACCACCUUGUAUAUUCCUUCCAUCAUUGUAAACUCACACGCUAGAAUCCGAUCGCCAGAACUGCACAUUCAAACUUGAACUCCAAUUUCUCAGGAUUUUCUUACCCGUUUCUUCUUCUUGAGAUGACAUUCGGAGCUGAGCCGAUUCAAAUGACUUUACUAGGUCUUAGAAAGUGUUCCUAUUUCCUAGUUACUUCAGUGGACACUGGACAAAAUGGGAGUCAGAAUAGUAAACCUAUUUUCCUUUUUUUCUCCCUCUGUAGGUUACUUAUAAAGCAAGUAUUUUUUUUUGUAAUAGGCUUGUAUAAGCAAAACGUUUUGUACCAAUGGGUUUUGUAUACCCGCGUGAACAUGUAAAUCCAUUUUACUAUAAUGAAAU